ACAACACGGCUAAAAGUUGCAGCUUGAACCGAAACAACUAGAUAACUUGCCUUUUUGCGCUGCAUUCAAUCAGCAUAAAAUCAACGCCAAGCGGACAUUUUUGCCACGUUCUCUAGGGUCAUAUCGAUAAAUAUAAAGAAGUUAUGGCAGAUCCCAGGACCUUUGCUGAUGUGAGGAAUACAGUUCUUUCAGCUCAUAAAAGCUCAGGGCCCAAGGAAAAGGUUGCGUUCUACAGCUCCUGGGCCGAGAACUAUGAAGAAGAUUUGGCAAUAUUGGACUACCGUGCUCCUUUCUUAGCUGCAAAAUGCAUUGCUUCACACUUCACCGGCGAGAAAGAGAGAGCCAUUAUUUUGGACGUGGCAUGUGGGACAGGGCUGGUCUCUGGAAAUUUAAAGAAAAAUGGAUUUUGCCACUUUGUGGGCUUGGAUGGAAGCGAGAAAAUGUUGAGUAUAGCCAGAAAAACAGGUCUUUAUCAGGAGCUUAAGCAGUGCAUGCUGUGUGAGGAUCCCUUGCCUGUUCAAGAUGAGUCGUAUGAUGUUGUAGUAAUUGUGGGAGCUCUGAGUAUUGGAAACGUGCCAGUGGAAAUCAUCAAGGAGCUCUGGCAAGCCACCAAGCCGGGUGGCUAUGUGUGCAUGACUACAAGAGGGAAUGCUGGUAAUCUGGAGUACAAAGCUGAGCUGGAAAGUGCGAUUCUUGCGAUGGAGGAAGAAAAGCAAUGGAGACGUGUCGCUGUCGAUGUAGUGGACGAGUGGGAGAAGGCCGUGUCUGACCAUGAGUGUGGAUACAUAAGUGGAGUUAUUUAUCUAUAUCAGAAAGUGUUUUAAACUAUUGAUUGUGCUAAAACAGUGCUAGGAUCUAAAACAAAAGCAUAUUAUAUGUGUGGAUGGUCUUUAAAUAAUAGCCUAAUAGUGAUUUUAUGUAUACGAAUUUGGCAAGUGAAUGGGACAAAACCAAUGACUAAUGUAAACAAUUAGAGGAACUUAUUUUUUCUUUCAGAAGUAUUUUUGAAUAAAGUGUUGUCAGCUGUGAAUAUGUGGUAGUCUAGUGUUUAAGGUACUGGUCUGACAAUCGGAAGGUUGUGAGUUCAAACCUCAGGUCCACUAAGCUACCAGCCCUUAACCCUUAAUUGCUCAGUUAUAUAAAAUGAGAUUAAAAUGUACGAUUCUCUGGGUAAGGGUGUCUGCCAAAUUCGGUAAUUGUAUAGGAACUUUUCAUUUACAGAGACUGAAAUAAGAAGAGUCUAAACAAGCAAAUGAAUGGCCUGUUGGGAUAGAAAUGGACAAAUCUGAUGUUGCUAGUGUGUGAGGACUGUUGAUCAGAACUGUUAGAAGAAAAGGACAAUUUGGUUGUCCAUGGUUACCCCAAGGUGUGAGAGAGAGAGAGAGAGAGAGAGAGAGAGAGAGAGAGAGAGAUGGAGAUGAACGGCAGUGUAGUUUUGCUGGGAUUAAGUUUCAGCUGAUGAGAUGCAAUCCCAUGAUGCCAGGCAUGCUGAGAUCCGUGCAGAGUGUCUGAGAGAGGAAAGGAAAGAAUUAAAGAAAAAUCAAAGAGAACUGAUUCAAAAUGUUAUUCAUUCUACCAACAUCUAUUUAUUAGUAUUCAUAUUAAUCUGAUCAUACUAGAAGAUAGAUGAUAAAAAGAAAUCUAUCACUAGAUGGCAGCCUUACUACACAAUUAAUUGCUGUUUUUUCAAGAGCUUUUGUUUUUGCUCCUUACUACAGCUCACUACCGAAACACAAUCCCAUGAUUGGUGAACGUUUGAUACUUUAAGGAAGCUUUUCUUGCUUCAUUCGCGUGGCUUGCUUCUUUGGGGUACAUAUAAACUGUCACAAUUAUAUUCUGAUUAAUUAUUAUAUAU